AUGAAUCAAGACGAAAUUGGUAAAAUAGAUCCAUAUAACAAACAAUUCUCUCAAACCACUCCAAUAAUCGAUGGAAAGAAAUCUGAUAAUGGUUUAAUGGGUCAUGAGGGCAUAAGAUGGCAUGUUCAACAAGCUGGAGAUUUGAUAUUAAAUGGGGUGCAAGAAGUUAAUGGACCUAGAAAUAGAAGACCAUUAGAAGCGUUACCAUUAGAAGCAAUAAUGUAUUGCCCGGCCAAAAAAUUAUUACCCACAUUAAUAUUUCUAAAAAAAAUGGGAUCCAGUUUAAAUUGUAUAGAUUCAUAUACCGGAGGAAGUUGUAUAAACUUUUUAUCACAAAACAAUUCACUUUUAACCGCUUCAUUUAAAUCGAAUAAUUAUUCACCUUAUAAUCCAACAACAUUUACUCACCUUAAUACACAAGGAAUUUAUUUUAAAAAAGUAUUAUUAUAUUUAUUAGAACAAGGUUUAGAUAUAAAUUCUCAAACGUGUACGGGUGACACAUUAUUAACUUCUUUAUUAUUUAAAUGGCAUCCAAAUUUAUCUCCUUCAAUAAUUGAAUUUUUAAUAGAACAAGGGGCUAAUCCAAAUUUGGAAAAUAUAAGAGGUGGAACUCCUUUAGGUUAUACAUUAUUGGCUACAAGAUUUGAAAAUGGUGGUGGUCCAUUUAAAAAAGUUUUGAAAAUUUUGAAAAUUUUAUUAAAAGGUGGUGGUGAAUGUAAUCAUGAAAUUGUAAUACCGGGUAGAAGAUUAAGAAAUUUAGGUUGGGUUUGUGUUGAUAUUAGUUCUAAUUUAUCAAAAUCUCAACAAAAAAUUUUGGUCGAACUUUUAAUUCAAUGGGGUUGUGAAUUUGGUACUUGGGGAGAGGUUAAAGGAAAACAUCCUGAAAAAGAUGAUGAAAAGGAUGAUGAUGAAAAAGAUGAUGAAAAAGAUGAUGAUUUGUAUGAGGAAGCUGAUGAAGUUGAUGAAACUGAAGGUGCUGGUGUUGGAGGGCAUCCCGGAACCAUUAGUGGAGGUGGUAUUUUAAAUACAGAUUAUAGUGAAGAAAUUGAUGCGAUUUAUGAUGAAAUUGAUGAUGAUGGUAAUGAAUCACCCGUAUUGCCAUCUAAUCAAGGUGGUGGAAGUUUAUUAACUAAAAGAUUAAAAGGUAAAAAUUUAAAAUUUGAAACUCCAAUAAAAAUACCUCCAUUAUUAUCGAGUCCACCUACUUCUCCUUUGCCUCCCACUUCUUCACUACCACCAAUACCCACGCAAAAAUUUCCGGGACGUCGUGGAACAUUAACCGCACGUGAUAUUCCUGUAUCAUUAUUAAGACCAUCAGCGUUGAAUACUCAAAUUCCUCUAACAGGAUCACGUCCUCGUUCUCGUUCAAUGCAUAGACUAUCAUUGUUUUUUAAUCCAUCACCUACAACUCCCAAAACUCCAAUGUUUAAACCAAAUAGUCCACAAAACAUUUUAGUAUAUGCGGUUCAAUUAGAUCGACUUGAAAUGAUAAAAAUUCUUUUAAAAAGAAUUUAUGAACUUAGUGAACCGAAAAGUAUAAUAGCUGCAUUAAAAGAAUGUGGAGUUAAUUUUACUAAAAUUGAAAGUGAUGAUGAACAUGAUAAUAAUGUCGAAGAAAUCAUAAUAUCAAAAGAAAAAUAUGGUUUCUUUGAACAUUUGUUUAAACAUCAUCAUGAUGGUAAAUAUGAAAUUAGAAAGUAUUUAAUGACUUGGUAUGGAAAACAAGGUGUUUCAAAAAGGAAAAAAACAAUGAUUAGUAUCGAAAAAAUGAAACAAAAAUGGUCAAAUAAAGCAAAGAAUGGAUAUUUUUCUAGUAGAGGAAUUGAUGCUGAAUUCGUUAUGGUUAAUGCUCAUGAUAAAGAAAUUUCUGAUGAUGAAAUUACUGAUGAUGAUGAAAAUUAUGAUAAUGAUGAAAAUUAUGAAAGUGGUGAGAAUUAUGAAAGUUAUGUUCUUGAUGAUGAAAGUGAAAAUGAUUCUAGAAAUGAUGAUUCAGAAAGUAUUUUGGAAAGUCCAACUAAAAGUGAUUUAGAAUUACUUAAUCACGAAGAGAAAGAAGAAUAA